UUAAAAGUUCAAUCAGUUUUUGAACCGAACUAUCGGUAGCAUCGGUGUUUCAAGCUGGGCGCGCGUGGUUCAAGAUCUGAGCAUUCGCCAUGAGAUUCACUACUAGUUCAAUUUCCCUUCUCUUCUUUCUUCUAGGCGCUUCGGCGUCAACAGGUAUUACAGGGGAUGUGAUGACGGAUGGAGAACGUAUUUUAGGAGGAACCAAAGCCCAAGAGGGCGAAUUUCCAUUCAUCGUUUCUAUUACAAAGAACGGCGAGCAUAUUUGUGGCGGAUUCAUUUACAAUCAACGUUUCAUAGUCACGACAGCUUCAUGCGUCCUAAAUUUAGUGCCGUAUGAUGUUACCGUAGUUGUCGGUCAAGUAUCACUGAUUUCCAACGAUCCGUUUGAGAGUCGCUACCAAGUCGUCAGUAUCAUCCCUCACGAAAAUUAUGAUAAUGUCCUUGGUUUAAAUAAUCUUGCAGUUAUUGAGACAUCGAGUUCCAUUUUAUUCACUCCCGAUCAUAUUGAGUACAUCUACUACAACGAGGAUAACAUGACAGUAGGAGCUACCGUCAUGGGCUGGGGAACUACCCAGGAAGGAGGAUUACCUUCAAUUGAUUUACUGAAGGCAGAUGUGACAAUAUCGACCGACUGCGUCGUUUACGGUAGCGAAGAGUAUCAACCAAACUAUAUGAUUUGCGCAGGAAGUCCGACAUCCAGUCCUUGCCAAUACGACGAUGGAUCACCGCUUGUACAAGGCGAUAUAGUCGUCGGUAUUGUAUCGAGAAAUACGGGAUGCGGCCAGGACAUUCUGCCGACUCUUUACACCCGGCUGUCCAGCUAUUACGCCUGGUUGAACAGGAACGCCGGCCAGCAACCACCCAUGUCUGGCUAACCGAAUUUGUACCUGAAAACAGAAGAAAAUGAAUGGAAUUCUUGAGUAAAUCCUUGACAAGCCUUACAAUGUAAAUAAAACGACAUCAAAUUGAAA